UAUAUUUUGGUAGCCGUGUAUAUUCAAAAGUGCAGAACGAGCUGUGGUAGGGUAGCAGCGGCAGUGGGGAUUCGUCUGCGCUCAGUCGUGUUGCGCGAAACGAUCUUGUUCUUUGCUGAAAUUUACUACAUAGUAACUGUAUUUCGUAAAACGCAUUUUAUCCAUAAGAUUAUGUUUACGUUAAGAUGUCGUUGAUGUUACGUACUUUUUGAUUAUGUGAAAUUGAUGUAAAGUAUAGGUGUCAAUAGAUGAAAAGUUGUGAAACACAUUUAUACAACAGAACAUAGUGUUUUGGUGAUAGUGAAAGAUGGAUGUUAAAGAUUAUCACAAGGUGUGCGAAGAAGUAUAUGACACUGAACCUUCUACAUCUAAGGAUAAGGAUGCAGUCAAUAAUUUACGAAACAUUGCAUUAGAAGAAGUCUUAGAUCAAACUCAGGCUGAAAAUAAAACUAUGCAAGAACAUGAUGAACCAUCUUUUGAUAAUAAGUACAAUGUAGUUAAUACAAAAAGUAUAUUUGAACAAACAGAAGAUAAAGAAACUGAUAGAGAAACAUCAUUUUCUACUUUAAAUUCAACCUUCUCAUCAGAAGCAACUACCUCACAGGACAAUACUCCUUCUUCAUCGAAUGAUAUUGAAUCAAGUUCACUUUUUAAUGAUCAAAAUAAAAUUAAGAGAAGUAUUUCCAAAGGUCAAAUAAAUGGUGAUAGUGGUAUUUCAGUGGAAAAGUCUGGUAAUAGUUCUGAUGAAGAUUCUAGCAAGCGACAGAAACUGAAUGAGAAUUCAUCUAAACAAUCAAAAUCUGAUGAUGAAAGUGUAGAUAAUUUACCAAAGUUCCAUAAGUUAAAAUCUGAAGUAAAGAAACGUAAUUAUCGUGGUAAGAAACCAUCAGUGGGAGAAAGUGCAGAUAGUUGCAAUGAAGGAAGUAGUGAAGAUGUUGAGAUGAGGCAAGAAACAGAGGAAACCACACCAUCUAGGGGAACAGAAAAUAGUGAACAUGGAUUAGAAACAAAUAGUGAUGGUUCAGAUGUUGAGGAUGCAUGCAGUGAAGGAGACUUAGAGGAAGCAGAAGAAGAUAUUCCUGCUUGUUUGAAGAAAGAAAAACCAAAACCAAAUUGGUUUGUGGUACCAGAACUUAUCCGACGUGAAACGGGUAACAAUCCGUUGUUUCAACGUAGAUAUUAUGGUUCCUUACAUGUUGUAGAACAUUUUGAACUUGCCUAUAAGCUUGAAACACAUCAGGGUUGUGUUAAUGCUUUAAAUUUUAAUGAAAAAGGAAAUUUACUAGUUAGUGGUUCAGAUGAUUUAUCUGUAGUUAUAUGGGAUUGGGCAAAAGGGAAAAACUGUCGCCAUUUAUUUUCUGGUCAUGCAAGUAACUUGUUUCAAACCAAAUGGUUACCAUUUAAUUCGAAUUUAGUGGCAACGUGCGCUCUUGAUUGCCAAGUACGUUUAUUAGAUAUUAAAAAGGGUGAAGCACGAAGAAUAGCAAAACAUGAAGCACCCACUCAUAAACUUGCGGUUCAUCCGGAUACACCUGAAGUUAUAAUUUCUGUUGGUGCAGAUGCUAAUGUGUUAUCUAUAGAUAUUAGAGAUAAAACACCAACAAAAUUAUUAGUAGUGAAAGAUGGCUCUUCUAACGUGCCGUUAUACAGUGUUCAUUCAAAUCCCUUUAAUAGUAACGAAUUUUGUGUUGGAGGUCGAUCUCAAAUAGUCAGAAUAUAUGAUCGACGAAAAGUAUCUACAUCACUAUACAAGUUAUGUCCUGAUCAUUUGGCUGGGAAUAAAAAUGCACAUGUAACUUCUGCUUUAUAUAAUCAUAAUGGAAGUGAAGUUCUUGCCUCUUAUAAUGACGAAGACAUAUAUUUAUUUGAUGCCGUGAUGCCACAAACUGGAGAUUUUGCUCAUCGAUACCAAGGCCAUAGAAACAAUGCUACUGUCAAAGGUGUCAACUUUUUUGGACCAAAGAGUGAGUUUGUUAUAUCUGGAUCGGAUUGCGGAUGUAUAUUUAUUUGGGAUAAGAAUACCGAAGCAAUCGUGAACUGGAUGCCCGGCGAUGAACAAGGAGUGGUAAAUUGUUUGGAACCUCACCCAUUUAUACCCGUUCUUGCAACGAGUGGACUGGAUUUUGACGCAAAGAUAUGGAUACCUUCUUGCGAACAUCCUCCAAACUUAACAAAGCUAGCAAGUUGUGUCAAAUCUAAUGCGAUUAAUAGGGCAGAAGAUACUACCAAUGAAUCUGAUGCAAUUGAUGGUCAGAUGUUUUGGAUAUUAUUAAGUACUGUUCAUCGUACACAGUUUUUAACAGAUUUCAGAGAACGUCAUCAUCUAUCGGACGAUGACAAUAGUGUCGAUGAUUUUUCUUCCAAUUCUUCCAGAGAGAGCAAUUCUUCCAAUCACAGCGAUAGUCAGUCAGAGGGGAAUAGAUCUCCAUAGGGGAAUAGAGUUAGAACGUUACAGUGCCCUCCUUCUUAGAG